UCCUCUCUGAUGUACUGAUCACGUGACGUGUCAGUAAGGAGCAGACACUGUUCGCAGUUUUAUUUAUAUAUAUAUUAUAUAUAUCUCUUGUGUUAGCUUAUUGACUAGCAGGACCUUUUUAUAGGAGAAGGAUUUAGUAUUUAUUUAUUCGGUCAAGACCAACAUGGGGAUAAUAGGGAAUUUGGUUAACUCGUUAUCCUUGUUGGUGUCCUCUCGCUAAUAAAAGCAAAGUUCGUUCGCUAAUCAAUUUGGAUGUCAUGGCUUCAACGAAUGACAGAGGAAUUAUGUUAAGGUUACCUGCACGGAUUAAAGACACGGUUUAAUCGACGGGGGUUGGACUUGACAUUUCCAGACGCACCUUUUUUUUUUUUGUAACGUUGCCUAAAAAUGUUUUGUUAUUGUCACUAACGUUACUAGAUUAUUUAUAGGGGGAACUAAACUACCGGUAACUACCGAGACUCCACAAUGCAUGACGCUUACGAACCGGUCCCUAUCCUGGAGAAACUGCCUCUGCAGAUUGACUGUCUUGCUGCUUGGGAGGACUGGCUUCUGGUCGGCACUAAACCAGGCCAUCUCCUGCUCUACAGGAUAAAAAAUAAUGCAGGUACCAACAGGUUUGAGGUAACUCUGGAGAAGUCCAACAAGAACUUCUCAAAGAAGAUCCAGCAGCUGUUUGUUGUGUCACAGUACAAGAUCCUCGUCAGUCUGUUAGAGAACAACAUCCAUGUCCACGACCUCUUGACCUUCCAGCAGAUUACUGUGGUCUCCAAGGCCAGAGGGGCAACGCUCUUCGCCUGUGACCUGCAGCAGUCCCCCUCGGGAGAAGCCCAGCUGAGGAUGUGUGUCGCUGUGAAGAAGAAGCUUCAGCUGUACUACUGGAAGGACAGGGAGUUCUACGAGCUACAGGGGGACUUUGCUGCUCCAGACAUCCCGAAGUCCAUGGCCUGGUGUCAGAACUCCAUCUGUGUAGGCUUCAAGAGAGACUACUACCUCAUCCGGAUGGAUGGGCGUGGCUCCAUCAAGGAGCUCUUCCCCACGGGGAAGCAGCUGGAGCCCCUGGUGGCCCCCCUGGCUGAUGGGAAGGUGGCGGUGGGCCAGGAUGACCUCACGGUGGUGCUCAACGAGGAGGGGGUCUGCACUCAGAAGUAUGCCCUCAACUGGACCGACAUCCCCAUCGCAAUGGAACACCAGUCCCCCUACAUCAUAGCUGUCCUGCCUCGCUAUGUGGAGAUCAGGACCUUUGAACCCAGGCUGCUGGUCCAGAGUGUGGAGCUACAGAGACCACGAUUCAUCACAUCAGCUGGGCCCAAUAUAGUGUACGUUGCCAGCAACCAUUUUGUCUGGCGCCUGGUGCCUGUGUCCAUCGCCAGUCAGAUCAGACAGUUACUACAGGACAAGCAGUUUGAACUGGCCCUGCAACUGGCGAAUAUGAAGGAUGACGUGGAAGGAGAUAAGCGACAGCAGAUUCACCACAUCCAGAAUCUCUAUGCCUUCAAUCUGUUCUGUCAGAAGAGGUUCGAUGACUCCAUGCAGGUGUUCGCUAAGCUCGGCACAGAUCCCACCCAUGUGAUUGGUCUGUAUCCAGACCUGCUCCCCGCUGACUACCGUAAACAGCUGCACUACCCCAACCCCCUGCCCAGUCUGUCUGGAGCAGAACUGGAGAAGGCUCACCUGGCGCUCAUAGACUACCUGACACAGAAACGCAGUCACCUGGUGAAGCACCCCUCCAGCCAGCCACCCCCUCCCCUCAUGGAAGGGAUUCCCCCAUCAAGAGCACCUCAGAAACCCUGCAGAUCAUCGACGCCCGCCUCAAAUGCUACCUGCAUGUACCCUGGAUACCUCAGACGCCCCCAUUCCAUUGUAAUGCUACCUGCAUGGAUUCCCACCAUCAAGAUUCCAUUGAAGAAACUCCUGCAGAUCAUCGACACCACGCUGCUCAAAUGCUACCUGCAUCCUCAAAGGACCAACGUGGCCCCUGUGUUAAUCUGGUGUCUCCUGACCAACGUGUCCCCUAUCUUCACUGAGGACCUGACGGAGGUAGAGACCCUGCCCAGAGACAAGGUCCUGAACUUCCUGAAGGAGGGCUUUAAGGAGCUGACUAUCCCCUACCUGGAGCACAUCGUACACGUCUGGGAGGAGACGGAGCCAGAGUUCCAUAACGUCCUCAUUCAGCUGUACCUGGAGAGGGUCCAGGGGCUCAUGAAGCAGUACCUCAACUCCCUGCCUGAGGGUAAGACCUGCUACUACUACUAUAACUACCUGGAGAGGGUCCAGGGGCUCAUGAAGCAGUACCUCAACUCCCUGCCUGAGGGGGUUCCUGCAGUGGCUGCUGGGAAGGAGGAGGGGGACCUGGGAGAGUUUAGGAACAAGCUUCUAUGUUUCCUGGAGGUCUCUACCAGCUACGAGCCUGGAUGUCUUAUCAGUGACUUCCCCUUUGACGGUCUUCUGGAGGAGAGGGCCCUGCUGCUGGGUCGGAUGGGGAAACACGAACAGGCCCUCUUCAUCUACGUACACGUCCUGAAGGAUACACACAUGGCAGAGGAGUACUGUCAUAGGCAUUAUGACAGAGAGACGGACAGAAGCCAGGAUGUGUACCUGUCUCUACUGCGCAUGUACCUGUCCCCUCCUGACGUCCACUGUCUUGGGCCAAUCAAAAUGGAGCUGUUGGAGCCACAGGCCAAUCUAAUUGCAGCUCUACAUGUCCUGGAGCUGCACCACAGCAAGCUGAAUACAACUAAGGCCAUCGACCUGCUGCCAGCCAACACUCAGAUCAGAGAGAUCUGUGUGUUCCUGGAGAGUGUCCUGGAGGAAAAGGCCCAGAGGAAACGCUUUGACCAGGUGCUCAAGAGUCUGCUGCAGGCCGAGUUCCUACGGGUCCAGGAGGAACGUAUCUUCCAUCAGCAGGUGAAGUGUAUCAUCACAGAGGAAAAGACCUGCAGGGUCUGUAAGAAGAAGAUAGGAAACAGUGCCUUCGCCAGGUAUCCCAACGGUGUUGUGGUUCAUUACUUCUGCUGUAAGGACCAGCAGUGGUAA